GAAUUAGGCAGCUGUUUCGUUCUGUUGCGACCCUGUCGAAAGUAGCCUGCAGAGCUUCCCUCUUACGAUCGCAUCGGAGAUAACAAGAUGCUACGCUUAACUUGCAUCCUCAUUUCCAACUCGGAAUAACACGAGGUUGCAAUCUGCUCGCUUGAACACCUAUAAUUCUAGGAACAACGCUCUUCUUCAGAUUGAAAGCAGGAACAACUCGACACCAUGAAACACCGACUCGAUUCAGACCUCGCGAUGGACAUGCCCAACACCCAAUCUCAUUCUCACGGCAUCGAGCCCAUGCCGGUCGUCUUUCACACCAAGAUGGCAACAGCGUUGUUUUCUGAAGCGUGGACACCGCGGACGUCAGGACAGUACGCUGGUACUUGUCUCGCCCUCAUCGUUUUCACCAUAAUUCUGCGUACGAUGAUCGCCUUUAAACCCAUGUUGGAAGCGACGGUCUGGGGACGCGAGUCCCGAAAGAGCCACUCAAGAAGCGACGAGGAACUUGGGCAUGAAGAAAAGUCUUCUCCUCCUACACCAAAGUCAAUUCUUUUGAGAGUCGCGCUCGCUGCCUAUGAGGUCGUCAUCGCCCUUCUAGGGUACCUCUUGAUGCUGGCGGUGAUGUCUAUGAACCUGGGGUAUUUCUUGUCUAUACUUCUUGGUGUUUUUGUUGGAACACUCUGCUUGGGAGGCAUUGCGCGCAGCACAACAUUUGAUCAUUGUUCUUGAUACACAAGCAAGAAGUUGGUUGAGGUUUCUCGGAGGGGUUAGGGAUCUUCUUCUAGUCAUCACUGCGGGAAGCUUGAUACCUCUUUCUGUCAUCGCACAGAGGAGUCGGUCGUAGCCUGCAAGAGUUGUUCGCCAGUUGAUACAUAAGGUAAUGAAUGAUGAGUACUAGUCAAAAUUGCGAUGAAGUCUAGGCGGCCGGGUGUGUUGUCAAAAACCAAGUGAUUAGGGCCUUGAAUCUGUGGUGUCACGCGAAGUCAUGGACCAACCUUCACCAACAAGUUACAACGCGUCUCCGUUACCAUCUCGGAGAGAGAUCACACCGGAUCUAGCCAAAUACGCUCUAGUUGGUUAUACC